UAUUUGAAUUUUUGCAGAUGAAGAGUGCAGAAGCUGGUUGAAAAAUUCCGAGCUAUUCGCGUCUCUCUCUCUCAUCUCGGUUUUUAUUACGUUUCGCAAAAAAAACGGGUUUCAAAAACGCUUUCACGCUUUGUCGUCGAAACAUUUUUAUGCGGAUUUUCUGCCGUUUCCUGGAAAACGAUUUUCUAAAUUACGCCUUCGAGAGACUUGAAAAUAAGUAGAAGAAGAAAUGGACAGCCCGGACUCGUCCAUCCCUUCGUCGGCGACGGGUGAUGACACUUCGAUCUCGACCAACAACGCUUCUCCUGACGUGCCACAAGAACCGACCCUGUCUUCGGGUACCUCGGGUUCUCUCGGGGUUCCAGACGGUGUCGAGCCGACCGUCAGUAUAGACGACGAUGUCGAACAGAGCCCGACGACCUUCUCAAAGAGCCCCACCACGAAUGAGAGCCCUGACAGCUCCACUCAUCCGCCCGACGCCGAAGACGUUCCUUUGAAGCCCGAGACCAGUUGCAAAAUCACCGCCAGAGGUAUUUUGAAGCGACGAUUGGCUUCAGAAUCGACAGACGAUCACGGAGUUAUUGACGAAAGAAGAGCAUUUGAAAAUGGAUGCAGUUCCGGUGCUUCGCAAGCGAAAAUUCCCAGGAAGAGGAAGCUGAACUUCAAGGAUGUCACAGUAUACUAUUUCGGGAGAACGCAGAUAUUGUCAGAAUUCAAGAAUCCAUUGUCUCCUAAUCAAGGAUUCACUUGUGUCCCAUCCCAAGGCGGGGCCACACUUGGCAUGCAGAACAAUCAUUCACACGUGGAAACAUUCUCACUCGGGGACCACGCGAAAGAACAGCGCAGAGCGCACCUGAAAAUUCUCAAAGAGCGCAGACGCAUUCGCGAAAUGCAACAGCGUCAACUGCAGCUCAUGAAAGAACAAGAGAUCCAACGGGUCAAAUACCUGGCGGAUAUUUGUAACGCCGCUGCUGCAGCCACAGCUGCAGCAGGAUUAAGCCCAGCUGGCAAUUGUGGCGCAUCAUCAUCAUCAUCAUCAUCUUUGUCGCUGUCGAUGCAUGAUCCGUCGACAGAGCCAGUGUCACUCGCGACGAACUUCUCGUGUCGAUUGGACGCGGCGGCGGCGGCGCAACAGCGACUCCUCGCUGCGAACGGCGGUCGCGACGAAGACGCCGAGAUCGAAGAGGAUAUUGAGGAAGAGGAGCAGUUUGAUGACGAGGCGGAAGAAGAUUUGGAAGAAGACAUGGACAAUGACGAGGAUGAGGAUGAAGAAGAAGAAGAUAACGACCCUGCAACCUGGAACUUGGACGUGAACGGGUUUGAAGAGGACCUCGAGGACACGUAUUUCUUCCUUCAGCCUGUGCCGUCAAAAAGACGUCGAGCGUUGCUGAAAGCCUCGGGAGUCGAUGAGAUUGAUUCCCACGAGAAAGAAGAAUGCAGGUCGAUUCGGAGUUCGCGAGAAUAUUGUGGCUGUUCUUGUCAGGGCGUUUGUGUGCCUGAAACAUGUUUGUGUGCCAAAGCUGAAAUCACGUGCCAGGUGGAUCGUUUGAAUUUCCCGUGUGGCUGCAACCGCCUGGGUUGCAGGAACCCCGCAGGCAGGAUAGAAUUCAACCCGGCUCGAAGUUGUUUCGUGCACAGCCUGGUUGCAGCAGCUGCUGCGGCGUCCUCGUCUCAGGCGUCGUCGUCGUCCUCGUCGGCGGCGGCGGCGGCGGCGUCAUCAGCUGCUCUCAAUUCGCUGGCUUUCAAGGCGAUCAUGCACCAGCAUCAUCACGAAAAUUUCAGCUGGGCUCAUUUCCCUUUCUUGGCAGAGGAGACGAAAUCUGGCGGCAGUGAAAGUGGUGCUGUUGACCACUGGCAACAAAGUUUCGCGGAUUACGGCCUGGUUGCAGCAGCUGCUGCGGCGUCCUCGUCUCAGGCGUCGUCGUCGUCCUCGUCCUCGUCGGCGGCGGCGGCGUCAUCAGCUGCUCUCAAUUCGCUGGCUUUCAAGGCGAUCAUGCACCAGCAUCAUCACGAAAAUUUCAGCUGGGCUCAUUUCCCUUUCUUGGCAGAGGAUACGAAAUCUGGCGGCAGUGAAAGUGGUGCUGUUGACCACUGGCAACAAAGUUUCGCGGAUUACGGGAGUUCAAGCAGCAGCAGUUAUCACCAGCCAUCGGCGGACUUCGCAGCUCUGUUCGCUACGCACUCCAGGCCGUAUUUUUCCGUCGAAGCUCUGCCUUACCCACAAAUCAUGCCAAACUCCUCGUCUGAAAUCUCCCCUAUUCUCAACCAACAACAACAGCAACAACAACAACAACAACAACAGCAGCAGCAGCAGCAGCAACAAUCCAUGUCUAUGCUUUCUUACCACAGUCUGCUGCGGAAACAAGACAGUUCUUCGUCAUCAACCCCAUCGAACACGGAUCCGACAACCUUCAACCCAACGUCCUUGCAUCCCGCGGAAUUCAUAACUUACAGCAACGAUCAGCGAGAGGAAAAAUUUGCAGAUGAGGCAGUCGAUGAUAAUUCUGUUACGAGCGAAGAUCGGUGUCUGAAAUCCAUUGCAAAUCCGGAUAUUGGCGACGAGACGAGCGAUGAAGGGACGAAAGCGUCUCCAGAACACAGCAAUGAAGACGAUUCAUCAAAGAAUUCUGCGUCUCCCGAAGAUUUCGGCGAGCUGAUCAAGAAAAGCAUGGUUGAAACUGUCUCCGCUUAAUUUCCUUGAAAAUUGACUGAUACCGAAAUAUAAAUGUUUUCGCGUAUUGAACGAGAAAAAAAAAAAAACGUACCUGUGAGUCUGGGUAUGGGCAAAAUUAACCAUUUUUCGCUUCAUAUCCUCGUGUCGACGAUUCGUCGAAUAAAUUCGCAAGUAACUUCGCUUUUUUUUUCGAAAAUCGUCGCUAAAAAAAUUAGCAAUGUGAUCGGACCAUUCCUGGGCGAAAUGCGAAGUCAUAUCGGAUUCGAGAGCAGUUCAACACUUAAUAAGUAAUCAAUAACCUGAGCAAUAAUAAGGAGUGUUCAUUUGUGUUUGUUUUGCUUUUUUUCUGUUAACGGAAUGAUUUUUAUUUUGUGUACUUAAAAUCCCUCCCAAAAAAAGAAAACAAACGAGGAAACUUUGAAGGAAGGAAGCAAGUGCGCAAAAAAAAUGAAGAAACAAUUCACCCGGUGCUGUUUGUUUGUUUUUGGGAAAAAUCGAAGCGGAUUCUUACAAAAUCCGCGAAUGUUCAAAAGAAACUUCGUGUUCAAAGUUCUACUUGUAGAACAGUGUACUUUUUAUUUUAACCACGCGUAUUUUUUUUCUGUUUGGCGUUUUAUUUUCUUGAGUUUACGAAUCCAAAUUUUGGAUGCUCGAGAUGCAAUCGUUUGCCUCGUUUUGCGAAUUUGUAUUCAAUGCGAUCGAGAGAAGAGGAAAAAAUUUUUGGUUCCCGGAGCAGCGUUUUUAUGCAGAAGCCUUCUUCCCGAGCAUUUAUUUUUACUUUUUCUUUUCGGCUUGCGUAGGUCUAAGGAAAAAAGUGAGCUUGCCUUCUUGAGAGCUUGUUAGGAUAUAGAAUUCGUGCGAAUUUUUCUGCGGUUCUUCUUUUUUUUUACGCCUGCAGUGACAGAGAGGAACAGUGUUGUUUUUUUUCCUUUUCAUAGUUCAAAAAUACAAAAUGCUGCGUCGAUGUUCUUUGUGUGUAGGAGAAUGAGGAGCAAACGCGUGACUCCGGGUCGCUGCAAAGUUAUAGAAGUGCAACGAGAACGAUUAAAGAGCUGUUCUUCCACUGUUGAAA